UAUUUGCAAGGUAAAUUAGGCAAGAGGAACAUCACAGGCAUAUCUUUCAACAACAUGUGAUGACUGUAAGGUGGAUGUGAGGCACUGUGGAGAGUGGCAAUGCAGAAAAUCACCUCGCUCAGGAUGCUACCAUGGGUUGUGAAGCAUCGCUGGAUGUUUGUAGCAAUCCUGCUCUGUGGGAUGUUCGUCAACAACAGCAGAUCUCAUUGCCCAGACACAAAUAACACCUGCACACACAAAAAUGUGCUGUUUGUCAGUACCACACGGAUGACAGACAAUCUUUUUCCAUCAAAGGCUGUCUAUAAAAAUGUCAAUGGGACUAAACUCUGCUUCAAUAUCCUGAACACAACACAGCAUGCAGACUGUUGUAACACAAUGGAGUUCGACUGCCAAUUUAACAUAAGUGAAGUCGGAAAUAAGAAAUACAAACUGAUUCUGAAUGAAACAUUUCUUUCCAAGCAAGAUAUUGUAGUGAUGACUUCCCCAGAUCAGAGAUACAACUGUUCUCCAUCGCAGCUCUACAACACAUCCUUAGGUUUCUUUGUCCAAGUUCACAAAUGCUUGAAUAAAGAUGUCGAGAAUUUUAGAUUGAGCCAAAACGACCUCUGUGGAAACACCUCAAGCUAUAAUGAUGAAGCUUGCACAGGUUUAGCAGAAACAGACUACUGUCUUGAAUUCUUUAAUAAAAAGAUGACAUGUGCGUCAUGUAAAGCACCUGGAAAAGCACCUCCUAUUUCUCUUACUUUGCCCUCAAUUGAAGGCAAUAAUGGCACCUCCAUCAGCCCAGAAAAUGCAGCAAAGGUCAUGAGUAAUCUCUCCGCCCUGCUGAACGACAUGGGCAAUUACAGUGCAGCAUCCAUCACAAUGGGCGAAAUUAAAGGGGUGAUCGCUAAACUCCCUCUUGAAAAUCAAACCGACUUCAGCUUUGGCAUUAAAACGACUGGUGAUAUGAAUAUUCUUGAGGGUAACACUGACGCGGCGACGGGCUUCUCUCGAUCGGUGGUAAUCCCUACAGAGGCCAUCGCCAUGGCAGUAAAAAAGGAAGGCUCAUUUGCUGCAGUUCUACUUUUUCCAGGAAUGCAUCAGGAUGACCCCGAAAGUCAUUUUUUCAACGAUGAGGUAGUGGGCAUUGAAAUGGGAACAGAAAUAUCACAUCUCUCAGAUACCAUAGACAUUCAUUUCAAGAGUGUGGAGAAGAAUGGAUCAAUUGCUUCUUGCAGGUCAUGGGAUGGAAAAGGAAAAGGAAACUGGAUCACAGAUGGCUGUGAGACAAAAGUGGUCAGCGACAGCAUCACAUGCCGGUGCUCUCACCUGACAUUUUUCGCAAUACUGUUGUCACCUGCACCUGGAAACAUAAGCACUUCAGAUUUGAAGUCUCUGACCUACAUCACGUCAGUCGGCUGCGGCCUGUCGAUGUUCUUCUUGGCAGUGGCUCUCUUCAUGUAUUGUCUUAUCAGAAAAGGGAAAGCAAGCCAAGCAACUAAGAUCCUGAUGAACCUCUUUGUUGCCAUGUUUAAUCUGAACUUGUCCUUUCUGGUAAAUGAGACCAUUGCCAAGAUGGGGAACUUCAACGCAUGUGUGGCCGUGGCAGCAGUCAUGCACUACACUAUGCUGGCCACUUUCAGCUGGUUUUUCAUCCAGGCUCUACACUUGUACUUUAAUAUGUGGAGGGUCUCUACUGAAGUCAAACACUACAUUAUAAAGAUGUGCGUCGCAGGAUGGGUCACUCCAGCUGUAGUGGUAAUUGCUCUUCUCGCCACGAGACAAUAUGAUUACAUUGUCAUUAACAGCGAUGAUGGGAAUUCAGCAAAAAUGUGCUGGAUUCCUGAUGCUGUUAUCCACCAGGGCGUCAACAUUGGUUAUUACGGUUUAGUGUUCAUCUUCACCUUUGGCGUAUUCAUCUUGACUGUGCGCCAGAUUAUGCUCCUUAAACCCAAGGCAGGGAAAGCUCAAGACUACAACUCCAUCAAGACCAACUCUUUCUCCAUUUUUGGCCUGUUCCUCCUGCUUGGCAUCACCUGGGCUUUUGCUUUCUUCAGCUACGGCCCUCUGCGCAUACCCUCCUACUACAUCUUCACCAUCCUCAACUCGUUUCAAGGUUUCUUCCUGUUCAUCUACUACUACAAUUCUAGCAAGUUUGGUCCAGUGGACAGACCCCUCACAGUCACCACCAACAGCACAGCUACAACAAAAACAGUUGUGUCACCUCUGCAGUAGUAAACUGUUUGUGCUAUAUAUGCUUUUCAAGUACACAGAAAGUGCUCUGUAGCUGGGAUUAUUUUAGACACAAGAGGGCAGCAUUUUAUUUCAUAUAAUCAGACAAAGCCUCUGCUGAAUGAUUCACUUGUAAAUUCCUUGAAAAACAUUUCUCAGUCUUCCUGACUACCCAGCUAAUCUGGAUUACCUUCAUAGAGCAAAUAACUAAUGAGUCAAGUACUGAACGGAGGAGAUGGAGUAAUCUCCUGGAAAUCAUUUGUGCCGAUGACUCAGCAGAAGCUCUGCCUCACUCACUGCGAAACAUGCAGUAAAGGUUAUGAUUCACUUAGAAUAUAUCACAGAGCUCUUAAAUCAAACUUUCAGUCAUACACUGGAAUGCAGCAUGCAAAUGUUUUUAUGACUGAUGUGGUUGUCACAUGGAAUGUAGAUGGCAAAAUGCAGAAAAAACAAGGUGAAGGGAAGUCCUGCCUCUCACACUCUUUACAGUGUUGGGGGCCGAGCUAGCCAGCUAAUGCUUUGCGUGACUGCAGAUAAUUACCUUGUGCCUACAGAGAGCAGUAUCCACUGUGCGGGGAGUCUUAACUGGCUAACAAGAAAUGAGCUCAUGGCUACCUAUAGUGAUAAGAGACCUGAGGGCACGCCACUAUGUUGAAACUUUUCUCUGAAAUAUGGCUGUAGUUAACUAGCAUUUAUACCAUUUAAUAAGUUAAGUGUAUCUUGGCAAACUGCAUUACGUUAAUGACCAGGAGUCAUUGGGAAUUGUGUACUGUUUGUGUUGUUAUCCAUUAAUGUAAUUUGUUCCUGUGUACCUGAUAUGAUUAAGAUCUGACGUAUUUAAUAUUCUUUUUAAAGUAAUACACAUGUUCAUAACAGGUUCAACCUUAAAGGGACAGUUCACCCCAAAAUCAAAAAUACAAUUUUUUCCUGUUACCUGUAGUGCUAUUUGUAGUGUCUGGAUAGUUUUGGUGUGAGUUGCUGAGUGUUGGAGAUAUUGUCCGUAGAGAUGUCUGCCUUCUCUUGAAUAUAAUGGAAGUAGAUGGCACUUGGCUUGUGGUGCUCAAAGCACCAAAAAACAUAAGAAAAACUCAACAGCAAUGUCUCUUUCCAGAAACCAUGACCUGGUUACUCAAGACAAUUCACAGACCUUGUUGUGAGCAGUUUCACGCAGGCAUAACAUAUGCAUUUGUCUUUAUUAAAGACAUUUAUCCCAUAAAUCGAUGCAAAAGAAGCACAAAGUGGUGCAUAAAAAUUCACAUAAAUGCAGGAACUUAAGCACUUGAUGCUCAAAAUGUUCUAACAGAGAACCCCCAAACCCCACCGUUUCAUUUGUGCCCCUCUCCCAUGUUAAAUGUUGAAACGAAACUUACACCUUUGCAGGUCGGAACAAUUCCCCUUCUACCGAACUUAACCUGCCGACCGAAACGCUACACAGAAGGAAGUGUGCAUCGACUCAUGGACAAGAGGCUCGUGCUGAUGUACUCCUCAGCUGACCUGUAAUGUUAGCAAUGUAAUGCAAGGUGAGCUAGCAAUAGAUGCACGCUUCCUUCUGCACGGUUUGCAGGUGUAGUUCAGUAGAAAGAAAAUGGUUCCUACAUGAAACUGCCCACAACAAGGCCUGUGGAUUAUGUUUCGUAACUGGCCCAGGUUUUUUUGGAAAAAGACAUUGCUGUUGAGUUUUUUACAUUUAAUUUCUGGCACUCUGAGCACCACGAGCCGAGUGCCAUCUACUUCCAUAAUAUUUGAGAGAAGACAGACAUCUCUACAGCUGAUACCUCCAACAUUUGGCAAAUCACACUAAAGAAUUUAGAUUGAUAAACAGCAUGACAGGUAAGAGGAAAAAUAUGCAUUUUUGAUUUUGAGGUGAACUGUCCCUUUAAAACAUUAUCCAUGCCAUGUAAUUUUGGGAAAUAGAUAUACAGAUAUCUGCUGUCUUUGAUAUUUACACAUCUUAUGUAUUCGUAUUCUUAUUAAAGAGGACACAGUCUUGUAUUUUAUUUGAUUGUAUAUGAUCAUAAUGGCUUGUGAAGGUUUGUUUAAAUGGAGAGUGGUAAGGAUUGAUCCUCGAUUCAGCAUCUCUGGACAACAUAUGCAGACGUCCAGACGAAUGUGUAACUGCUUUUGUGAAUGAAACUGUACAGUGCAAUAAAGUUUAAGGUAUCGUA